AUGUCGGACCAGGUGACAUUUCAACCAACCUCAGCGUCAGCACUCAAACGCAACAUGCUCAAUGCAGUCGAAACGAAAAUUGAGACCCUGACCUUAGCCGACCUCGAAAAUCCUCCAGAGGAGACCAAGCUCCUGCCCCUCCGACCGGGCGCGCCUACGCUGGCAUCACUCAAGAAGCAAACCCAGUGUUCACUGCAUCGAUUUGUGGUUGGCGUUUUUAAAUCAACCCCGCGCUGGAAACUGGGCUCGACGAUCAAUUUCGCCGCUUCAGCGACUGCCGAGUGGAACAGCCAUAACGUGGGCGUCACCUUCAAUGGGGUUUCUGAUGCCGAUGACGCCGCGUUCGUCCUAGCUUACGGCGGAGACAACGAAGGUGUUCUUGCCAGUGCGUUCUUCCCAGAUGCUGAGGUUUUGAAUACACUGCGGAACGUCUUCUUGCAUGAGCUGGGACACGUCCUGGGCCUUAGGCACGAGUUCGCACUGGGCCCGGCCCUGUAUGAAGAAGGCGCCUUCCGGAUGGCAACGACAAACCCAGAGUCUGUGAUGAGCUUCGAAUUCCCUCCGGAAAACCGAGACUGCAACGCUCUGGACACAAGUGAGUUCGAUAAGCUGCCACUGCUGGAGUUCUUUGCUCUGAACAACUGA